CUUCCAGUACGUUAGGCAGCAAGGCAGGCAUGGACAUGCGCUGCCUACUUCAGCCUGGCUGCAAGCGAGGAGCAGAAACUCACGAAACAGGAGAUGCGUGUAUGCGUGUAACUCUGUUGGAGCGCCUAAUGGGCGAGCACUUCAAUCCUUAGUGAGCAUAUAAGCUCACCUCGUUCCAUUAUAAUGUAGUAUUCAAGUUCAUUGGCAGUAAUUCAUAUCUUACACCCGGAAAACACUCAUCACAAACUGAACAUUGAACAUGGAGCUCAAGCACGUAGCAAUUCUCGGGGCAGGAGGAAACGUGGGCAACACCGUUAUCACCGAACUCCUCAAAGACGGAGCCCGAUUUACCAUCACAGCCAUCACGCGCUCAACAUCGUCUUACACACCACCUUCUACAGCCAUCACCCACCGCACUGUAGAUUACACCUCCUUCUCCUCUCUACAAGCCGCGUUUCAGGGCCAAGACGCAGUAGUGAACUGCGUCACGGGCGGUGCUACGCACUACGAACCAUCCAAGCUCGUCAUCGACGCUGCGGUUGCUGCAGGCGUCAAAUUCUUCUUCGCCAAUGAAUUUGUUGGAGAUAUCACACGCAAGGAAUUUACAAGAUUGCCGGAAGCUUUUGUAGGCUCCAAGUGUAGGAUCCGGGAGUAUCUAGAGGAAUUGGGGAGGGAAAAGAAGAUGGCUUGGUCCAGCUUGAAUGGAGGGCCGUUUUUCGAUAUGUGGCUCAUGAAGGGACCCGCAGGCUUCGACAUACCCAACCAGCAUGCUCGUAUCUAUGGUACUGGAAACGAACCCUUAUACUGGACCCCCCUUUCAACAAUCGGCCUCGCAGCUGGCAACAUGCUCCGCAACCCUCUUCCUAUCGUCAACCGGCCCAUUCUCAUCUGUCCCUUCCCCCACCUCACGCAAAACAUGCUGCUGCGCACCCUGGAAAAGCUUCUUGAUACGUCAUUCAGCGUUGAGCAUGUUAAUGUGGAGAAGAUUCACCGGCAUGCAUUAGUCGUGCUGGAGAAUUGGAAGGAAGGUGGUGAGCAAGAAGCGGGAAAAGCGCAAAUGGGCAAAGCGGUGAAGGGAUUAGCGAUAUCUAACCAGUUCUAUGGAGGCGAGGACGAUGUGAAACAUCUUGGCCAGGUUGUCCAGAAUGAGGUUGUUGGUGUAAAAACCAUGCAGGUGGAGGACGCAGUAAGGGAUGCGCUGGAGCACUAUGGGAAAGAGUGCCAAGUUGUCCAGGGUAUGUUCAAUGUGGAGGCUUGCGACAUCUAAACUGUACACUGCUGUUAGCAUGUCGUUCAGGCUUGUGAUAUCAUCAGCAUUUCUGUGCUAGAGACGGAGACAAUAAAGUGGGAUGAUAUCUAUUAGGAUUAGG